UUGAGAUCUGUCACCGACUUUGUCAUCCCGAAAACCGUGGCGUUUGUCGCACGCUUUAUUACCGUACUGACGGAAGAUUUCGCCCUGGUCCUUUAUUUUAUCAGACGAAGGAAACGCUACACCGUGAACUCCCUAAGAAAGUUUUCUUCAGCAUUACUGAAGAUUCGCUGAGCUAGUGGGGACUGUUCAAGAAGACACCCUGCUGCUACUUUUUCUGCCACGUCUGGCUCUUAGAAAAAAAGCGUUUUCUUCCAGCCAUGUGGCUAACGGCACUCAUACACCCCUCCGCCAUCCUGUUUUUGACCCUCAGCAGCUUGGCCUCUGCAGGUCCAUUGUCUCGGAGCCCUUGUGAACUUUUGCCAGUUGGGGUGGGUCACCCAGUUCAGGCCAUGUUAAAGAGUUUUACUGCCCUAUCAGGCUGCGCUAGCCGAGGAACCACCAGCCUCCCUCAGGAGGUGCACAUCAUCAACUUACGAAGAGGCAAUGCACAAGGAGACAGAGAGAAACCAGCAGAGGUGGCAUUACAUCUGCGGCCCAUCCAGUCCCUGCAUGUGCACCAGAAACCUCUGGUCUUCGUCCUGAACUCCCCCCAGCCCGUCCUCUGGAAACUUCGGACAGAGAAACUGGCCUCAGGAGUCAAACGCAUCUUCCAUGUUGCAGAGGGAUCUGAAGUGCACUUUGAGGCAAGAAAUUUUUCUGAGUCGUGUGAGGUGAAGGUGGAAAAUCUUCCUCAUGGCAAUGAGCACCUGCUUUCUUGGGCCCAUCAACGCUACCAUGCAGUUACCUCUUUCAGCGAGCUCAAGAUGGCCCAUGACGUCUACAUCAAGGUUGGAGAGGACCCCGUCUUUUCCGAGACCUGUAAGAUUGAUAACAAGUUCCUGUCUCUGAACUACCUGGCAAGCUACAUCCAGCCCCAGCCAUCCACAGGGUGUGUUCUCUCAGGUCCUGAUCAUGACCAGGAGGUCCACAUCAUUGAGCUCCAGGCACCAAACUCCAGCAGAUAUGCAAGCAUCAUGAUGGAUCCCAUCAUUGCAUUAUGUGCCCACAGCGUCAUCGGCAAACUGGACAUUGUGACAUCAGAUACCGUCAGCCUGAGUGAAGGCACAGAAAGGCUGAUGCAGGUGUCAAAGAUGGUGAAACAGAAGCUGCCCGCAGGAUCUCAGGCUCUCAUCCAGUGGGCAGAGGAAAGCGGAUUCAAACCCGUCACUUCCUACACCAACACCCCUGUUGCCAACCACUUCAAAUUGCGCCUCAGAGAACAAGAUCUAGGGAUCAUGGAUGAGGGAAUGUUCCCACCAGAGUUGUCCAUUCUCCGCAACACCAACCCGCUUCCUAAGCCCAGCACCCGGGAUUCCCCUGCACGGAACAGGUUCCCAUUCCCCUUCCUGCCAUCUGCAGAGCAGGGCCAGUCAUUCCCACCUUUGCCCCCGUCUCUUGAGGAGCGAGUCUAUCAGGCUGGGGGUCCCGAGGAACAGCAGGGGGCUCUGAAUGUAGGAUUCAGUGUGCAGUGUGAGAAGAACAAAAUGGUGGUCAGCAUUGACAAGGAAACUCUGCAGGCCAAUGGGUUUGGAAAACCCAAUAUCACUCUUCAGGACUCCCAAUGCAAAGCAACCUCCAACACCACCCACUAUAUACUAGAGACGCCCUUGUCUGACUGCCAAACCAGCAAAAUUCCCUCCCACCCCAGCCCAGUGGUCCUCUAUAUCAAUUCAAUUGUCAUUAGCCAAUCAGAACAGAAGGAUGGAAGUGGCUGGCCCUUUGAAUAUGAAGAUCUGGAGUCAGGAGAUGUUGUAAUACCAGGAGAUCCGGAUGUGACGGAAAAUUUUUUACCUGAAAACGGGCAUCGUGCGACUAUCUUGUUCAACUGCACGUACCGUAAGAACCAGGAUACCCAAGUUGACAGUGAUAACGGAUCUGAUGAUUUCAUUGUAGACUCGCUAGAUAAUGCUACCUUCAACAUGGAACUGUAUAACAAUCCGUUCCACAACCCCAGCACUCAGUCCUUCCUCACCAUCGCUGAGAACAGACCCAUCUAUGUGGAGAUUUCAGCCACAAAAGCUGAUCCUAACCUUGGGUUCAUGAUCCAGACCUGCUUCAUAUCUCCAGACUCCAGUCCUUUUAUGCCGUCAGACUAUGUUGUCAUAGAGAACAUAUGUCCAAAGGACGACUCUGUGCUCUAUUACCCUCAGCGAGGUGAUUUUCCCAUCCCUCACGCUCAGAUGGACAAAAAACGCUUCAGUUUCACCUACAGAUCAAAGUUCGACGUAUCAUUGCUCUUCCUGCACUGUGAGAUGUCCCUCUGCUCCAGAAGAAACGAAAUGGAGAUGAACCUGCCAGAGUGUAUGCUACCAGAUGAAGCCUGCACUUCCCUCAGUGUGGACAGCAUCCUUCUCAUGAUGAGGAACACCAAGACCAUCACCAAGCCAAUGGUGGUCGUCUCCGACAACACACCUGUCACUGUUAACGUACCUGUGGAGCCACCUAGUCCACAACAUCCAGGCAUUAUAUAUUUCUUGGACACCCCAAUUGUGGUAGGCGUCGCUUUUGCUGCCUUUGUGAUUGGAGCCCUUCUGACUGGAGCACUAUGGUUCAUCUACUCGCAUACAGGUGGCACGGGAGCGAGACAGCAGGUGCCAAAGUCUCAGCCGGUGUCUGAGAACAGCAGUGCGGCUCACAGUAUUGACAGCACACAGAGCACGCCGUGUUCAAGCAGCAGUAAUGCAUAGAGCAGCUGGACUGAUGAUUCUUCCAUUGGCAUUAUGCUUUGUACAUUUUUGGAAGAAUAUGUGAUUUCGUAGCAUGUCCUGAGGCCUUAUUAUUUUCAUUAUUCGGAAUUGAAAUGUUUAGGCUGAACAUACAACCGGAUGAAAAAAGCUACAUUUAGAGGUGAGGGAAAUAACCAAAUCAAGAUCCCAGAGAGUUUUGAAAUGUUGCUUUUUUUUCUUGAACCCCACAAGAGAGUGUUGUUUUUGCCUUAUAUGGUUGAGAUCAGCGUGAAAAUAACAAAGGCUGUUUACAUCACUUAUUAUGGCAUGAAGGCGGUCUAGAGGAACAGUUAGUACUCUGCGAGAUUACACAAAGGCUCUGUCUUCACCUAAACAAAAUCAAGCAUACAUAUUUCAGAAAUUUGACAAGAGAAAUCUAUUAUGAAUAGGCCAAUAUCAAUAUAAUUAAGUCAAUAUUAGUCUUUUAAAACCCAGAUGCCAAUCAUUUAAAGGAACACUCCACUAUUUUUGAAAAUAGGCUCAUUUUCCAACUCCCCUAGA